GAGUGGGUGGGCUGAGCUCUCGCUUCUAUGGCAACCCGACAGAACAGCAUCACCAUAUUCAGGGGAUCACAGGACUCGGGACUCGGAGAUGGUGGUGCCCGCCGGCUGAUCAUGUGGGUUACCGGGAUCUCGGGUGUUUGCUUGUUGUGAAUGUGAUUGACAGCUGACGGGGAUCCUGAGGGUCCGUGACCUCCGCGUGCGUGCGCUCCUCACACGUGAUUCAGUCCUCAGACUUUACGUGCGCGCAGCAACACACUCAGUGCCUUGAAGCCGGAGACCUGGAUCUGGCGAAUUUGGGAAGCCUAAUGGCAGGUGACAGGUGACCCUUCAGACUAUUCGGGAUCUGUUGCAAGGGUGUUUAUGUAGCAAACCGGAUUAAUUUGUCAUUGAAUUGUUCGCGCGUUCGCUUCAAUGUCAUAAUGGACAGGUUGCAUUCGUCCAUGCGUAAAAGGCUGUAUAGUUUGCCACAGCACAUCGGGCAGAAAGCGUCUAUAAUGGGUGAUGCUGAAGACACCCGGAGGAAGAGCAUCCGGAUGAAACCCAUGCCGUCCGGGGAGAGUAAAAACGGGGAGUCCGUGAUCAUGGAGACGGACAUCGGGAGACCCGUGAAGACCAGCUCCAACGGGGAUUGCAGGAGGUUCCGAGGUAGUCUUUCGUCAAUCACGAGCAGGCACGUCCAAGACUCGGAUUUAGCGGAGGAAAGGCUUCUGAUCACGGAGACUGAAGUCACCCCGAGCGAGGAGAGCCCACCGGGAGCCGUGGAGCCCGGAGCGCAAGGCGGAGGAGACGGGGAAGAGUCCUCCGGUACGAGUCAACAGCAUCACGGGCUCCCGGAGCAUCAGCAGCCCGCAGGCUUUAUAAAGCUGGAGGGCAUCGAGGAGAUCCUCCCGGACGACGAGAGGUAUUAUCAAGCGGGCUUCAUGCACAGGCAGUUCGGCGCGAUGUUGCAGCCCGGGGUCAACAAGUUUUCCCUGAGGAUGUUUGGGAGCGAGAAGGCGGUGGAACGGGAGCAGGAACGGGUCAAAUCCGCGGGAUUCUGGAUUAUUCACCCGUACAGUGAUUUCAGGUUUUACUGGGAUCUCACCAUGCUUCUCCUGAUGGUGGGAAAUCUAAUCAUCAUUCCCGUGGGCAUCACCUUCUUCAAAGACGAGCACACGCCACCGUGGAUCGUCUUCAACGUGGUUUCCGACACCUUCUUCCUCAUGGACCUGGUGUUGAACUUCCGCACCGGCAUCGUGAAGGAGGACAAUGCCGAGAUCAUUCUGGACCCUCAGCAGAUCAAGAUCAAAUAUCUGCGCUCCUGGUUCGUGGUGGACUUCAUCUCCUCCAUCCCCGUGGACUACAUCUUCCUCAUCGUGGAGACGCGCAUCGAUUCGGAUUUCUACAAGACGGCACGCGCUCUGCGGAUCGUACGCUUCACGAAGAUCCUCAGUUUGUUACGACUGCUUCGACUCUCGCGGCUCAUUCGCUACAUUCACCAGUGGGAGGAGAUUUUUCAUAUGACCUAUGACCUGGCCAGUGCAAUGGUGCGGAUCGUGAACCUGAUUGGGAUGAUGCUGUUGCUGUGUCACUGGGACGGGUGUCUGCAGUUCCUGGUGCCGAUGCUGCAAGACUUCCCCGCCGACUGCUGGGUGUCCAAGAACAAGAUGGUGAACGACACGUGGGGUCAGCAGUAUUCCUACGCUCUCUUCAAGGCCAUGAGCCACAUGCUGUGCAUCGGAUAUGGCAUGUACCCGCCCGUCGGCAUGACAGACGUGUGGCUGACCAUCCUCAGCAUGAUCGUGGGUGCCACGUGCUACGCCAUGUUUGUUGGCCACGCCACGGCGCUGAUCCAGUCGCUGGACUCCUCGCGCAGGCAAUAUCAGGAGAAGUAUAAGCAGGUGGAGCAGUACAUGUCGUUCCAUAAGCUGCCGGCGGACAUGAGGCAGCGGAUCCACGAUUACUACGAGCACAGAUACCAGGGCAAGAUGUUCGAUGAAGAGAGCAUUCUGGGAGAACUCAAUGAGCCACUGAGAGAGGAGAUCAUAAACUUCAACUGUCGGAAGCUGGUGGCGUCGAUGCCGCUGUUCGCCAACGCCGAUCCGAAUUUUGUGACGUCGAUGCUCACCAAACUUCGCUUCGAGGUGUUCCAGCCCGGAGAUUACAUCAUCCGAGAGGGAACGAUCGGGAAGAAGAUGUACUUCAUCCAGCACGGAGUCGUGAGCGUUCUCACUAAAGGAAGCAACGAGACCAAACUCUCCGACGGAUCGUACUUCGGAGAGAUCUGUCUCCUGACCCGCGGCAGACGCACGGCUAGCGUCCGGUCCGACACGUACUGUCGCCUCUACUCGCUGUCGGUGGAUAACUUCAACGAGGUCCUGGAGGAGUAUCCCAUGAUGAGGAGAGCGUUCGAGACCGUCGCCCUGGACCGCCUGGACCGCAUUGGGAAGAAGAACUCGGUUCUGCAGCACAAGGUCCAGCACGACUUGAGUUCAGGAGCUUUGAACUACCAGGAAAGUGAGAUAAUCCAGCAGAUUGUGCAGCACGACCGGGACAUGGCUCACUGUGCCGAGCUGAUGCAAAGUCCCUCGCCUCCUGCUCCUCCGUCUCCUACUCCCGUGAUCUGGGCUCCCCUGAUCCAAGCGCCUCUUCAAGCUGCUGCUGCAACCACUUCAGUCGCCAUUGCACUAACCCACCACCCCCAUCUACCCGCGACUCUCUUCCGACCUCCCGUUUCCGUAAUCGGAUCGAGAAACGAGCCGCUCAGCCAGAUAAAGAGGUUUCCGACGGUUGCACCAAUUUUAGGAGGUCCUGGAUCAGCUGGAGACUCUCCAUCCGGUUCCCCAUCAAAGAUGCGCUCGGGAACCGACACACCUCUUCUUCGAAUGCAUCCUUUGUCUGGCGCCACUGGUUCCAGUCAACAAGCGUCGGCAUUCCCGUUUGCGAGCUACUCUUCAACUUCAACGUCGUCUCUGACUUCUAGCACUGCACAGCUUCAUUCACAGCCAAGGCAAAAGCAAACCAUUGCUCCCAGUACGCCACCGGGACGCCUCCAACGAGCGACUGACACGAGUCCUCUUGGCUUGUUCACUCGCGCUCCCAAUCUUGGACAACCUCCACCGAAACCUUCUCAAACAAGCUCCCUGCAGUUUGCUUCCGGAGGCGGGAAGACUUGCACCGGAUUGAACCUCUUCCAAACUCCCGGAUCACCUACUUCCAACCGUUCCCAAGCCCUCGAGAGUUCAUCCCACGAGAUCCCACCCGCUUUAUCCACGUACCUUCCCUUAGAAAGGUCAGCGCUUGCCUCGCUCGCUCAGUACGGCUCAGCGAACGCCUCUCCCUGCUACACCCCGUUGGCCCCAAGCCCGACUAUCCAAAGCCCCGUAAUUGGGAGAACUUUCCACUAUAGUAACCCUUCCAGUGCCGCCGGCUCCCACACGUCCCUGCUUCUCCCACAAUCCUCCUGUCCCGGCCAACUCCCCGGGCACCACUUUUCAGGCACUGACUCUCCCCUAGGCCGCUUUUAUGAGGAUUUAAACAUACUCUCCAGCUCCCACCCGUCACUUUCCGUAGAGGGAGCGGGUCAACUUUCCCCUCAGGAUCCCGGUUUGGGCUCAUCCCCGUUUUCAUCGCCUACGCUAACUCCCAAACCCUGUAGCUCGGUAUCCGGGCACAUGUCCUCCCCAGUACAGACUUCUCCAAGCUCUCGAGUCCAAGCUCACUCUAUAGGGACGUCACCUGCACUUUCUCUCCCGCGUGCCUCCGAUGGACACCUGUCGGAUCUAGAACCGCUCCGUUCGAAACUCCCAUCCAAUUUGUGAGGCUAAAUCACACCCUCCUAACUCAGUAGUGCUCUUCCUCUGUGUGGCGUUUGACCUCUUCUUUAGUUAUCUCUGUAUUGGCACUGUGGUUUAAUCUUAAUCAUUUUUAAAUAUCUAUCUAAAUAUCUAUCAAGUAAUCCUAGAGCUCUAGAGUUCACUUUUGUUUGCUUUGUUAAUCUACCGUUUUCCUCUCAUUGAAUAUAGAUAUAUAUGAAAUUAUAUAUUUAAAUAUAUGUUAAUCAAUCUAUAGGAGGGUGUGAAAUGCUACAUCUAUUGAGACCUAAAGGACAUUUUGUUAUUUUAUACCUACGCCAAAUUGAUCCACAAGGAGUUUGGUUAUUAUUAUUAUUAUUGACAUGGACAGACAGAAAGAAAGACUUUUUUUGCAGGAACCUAUGCACUCACGCCUGCAUAUAAAAACUGAUUUUUGUCUAAUCCAAAACACCUUUUUAGUCGCCCUAAUGAGGAUCACAUAUUGCUGAUCUUGAAUCUAAGGGGUUGUGUUUAAGGUUUAUUCAUUCUACAAGUGUUUGGGACUUUCUGAGGUGGAGAGGUGAACAUAUAGGAAAACCAAAAAUUGUUUUAGCCCACGUUCUCUGUAGCAUUUCUGUUUUGUUCAGCCCAUUGAGUGGGUGUCAACUAAUCCAACUAAAUUACUACUCACUUGUGUCUUCCAGGAUCAUAUGAUAGUGUAGCCCUGCUCUGUGUGUGUGUGUGGCAAUCAAGUUUGACUUAGCGAGAAUGGUUUUGCCUUUUUACUGCGACAGAGAAGAAAUGGAGAAAUUUCCGUGCGCCAUUUCUUAUUUGUACGUAAAAUAAGCCAACAACAUUAGUCACAAAGCUGCUCAAAGGUUAUUUUGUUUGUUUUUCUGUAUCUUUGGCUCAGUCUAUUUCAGGAUUAAAUAGCAACAAUAGGCGCAAAUGCAUUUGCUAUUUAAAUGC